CAUUUUUGAAAUGAAAGUGUUCUCAUUCAUAAAAGUUGGGUUACUGCUGACUAGUAAGAUUAUUUCUUACCAUUGCAUGUCAAAAGUUGGUUCAAUAAUUUGAAAAUAUUUUAUUUAUGUUUGUUAUAAUAUUUAUAUAACAUUGCCAUAUGUAAAGGGCACAAGGGAUUUACAGUAAUUGUUCUACAAAGUAUGGAUGAAAAAUUCAAUAUUACUUGCAGAACUUGUUUAACAGAACAAGGAGAAUUCAAAUCUUUAUUUAAAAACCACGAAAAUUGUAAUAUGCAAAUAGCAGAAAUGCUAAUGUCAUUUACUUCUCUACAGAUAAGUUUUGAAGAUGGUCUACCUCAAAAUAUAUGUGAAAAUUGCGCAAAUAAAAUUCUUCAGGCUUACUAUUUCACAUUGAAAUGUGAAGAAUCUGAUGUUAUACUUCGUAACAAAUUCAUAACAAAUUCUGUAGAAAAUACAUUAAGUGGUAUCACACAAAAAGCAAAUUUUGAUCUUGGAAUUGAUCCACAUCAUGUUGAUAUAGUAAUCAAAACUGAAACUCUUACUGAAGAAAGAAAUGUGAACACUGAAAAUGACUCUUCUGAGAAUGAUUUUCACAAUCAAGGUGACUGCACAGAAGAUACUAAUGAUUACUUUGAUACAACUAAUGAACAUAAACAGGAAGGUGAAGAAACUAGGACAAUUACAAAAUAUAGCAAAGUAAACAGGUCUGCCCAAGAAAAAGCAGUGUGCAAUGUUUGCCUCAAAGAAUUUCAGAGUGCAGGUUUAUUAAAUAAACAUAAGAAAAGUCAUGAAAGUUUAAAAUGUACUUGUCCAACAUGUGCUGAAUCUGCAGAAAAAAAAAUUCCUGACACGCAGUGUAUGAUUUGCAAUGAAACUUUUGUCAGUAGAGAUGAAUACAUUACUCAUAUUUUAACACAUACAGAAGCAAAAGGUGAUUCGAUUGUAGAGUGUCAUAUAUGUCACAAGAAGUUAACAAAAACACCUCGUAUAAGUAGACAUUUAAGAACUCAUGCUGCUAUAAAACCACAUACUUGUCAGUUAUGUAAUAAAAGCUUUUCAAGAGCUGACCAACUUAAUAGUCAUAUCAACGUACAUUCUGGAAUUAAGCCACACAUAUGUAACUUAUGUGGAAAAGGGUUUACACAAGUUUCAAAUUUGAGAGAUCAUAUGCGUACUCAUAAUGGUGAAAAACCAUUUUUGUGUUCUGUUUGUGGAAAAGGGUUUAACCAGGUUGGAAAUUUAAAACAGCACACAGUAAGACACAGUGGCAUUAAAGCACAUCUUUGUAGUGUAUGUGGAAAUGGUUUUGCUAGUAAAGGAGAACUAGGAGCCCACAUGCGAAAACAUACUGGUGCUCGUCCAUUUGUCUGUUCUGUGUGCAACCACGGCUUCACAACGUCCAGCUCGCUUACCAAACACAAACGCAUCCACUCUGGGGAAAAACCAUACGAAUGCGACGUGUGCAGAAUGAAAUUUGCGCGCAGCGGGAUAUUAGCAAGGCACAAACGCACUCACACAGGAGAAAAACCGUACAAGUGUAAGUUUUGUGGGAAAGCGUUUACGCAAUCAAACGAUCUUGCGGCGCAUCUACGCAUUCAUACCGGCGAAAAACCAUUUAUUUGUGACACCUGUGGUCAGGCGUUUCGACAAAAAUCCGCCUUAAAGUCUCAUAAAAAGAUACACACUCUAAAUGACUGGAGUAAAAAGACAAACGUAUCUACGCAAGCUUGUACACCUAUUUUUAAAACGUACUUGGACAAUCUGUAGUACCAAAAUGAUCAUUUGUGAACACAUUAAGAACAAUAGGUUUUCAAAGAA